AUGAGAAAGAUUGGCCAAAGGCGAGCUGUUGAUUAUACAAGCACUGUUGUCCGAUAUAUGCAGAUUCGUAUGUGGCAGCAGGGUUCGAGGGACAGAACAGUGUUACAACCUACCCCAGCAGCAGCCAUCGAUAUGUUGCCCACAGUUGCCUAUCUUGAUAAUCCAUCCACGGGUUUUGCUGCGAAGUUUGUUCAUACAUCUCUGAACAAAAAUCGUUGUUCAAUUAAUCGUGUUUUGUGGACUCCUAGUGGGAGGCGUCUUAUAACAGGCUCUCAAAGUGGGGAAUUCACUCUUUGGAAUGGGCAGUCAUUUAAUUUUGAGAUGAUAUUGCAGGCUCAUGAUCAAGCAGUCAGGUCUAUGGUAUGGAGUUACAAUGAGAACUGGAUGGUCACUGGUGACGAUGGUGGCGCAAUAAAGUAUUGGCAAAACAAUAUGAACAAUGUGAAGGCCAAUAAAUCUGCACAUAAAGAAUCUGUCCGUGACUUAAGCUUCUGUCGGACAGAUUUGAAGUUCUGCUCCUGCUCUGAUGACACUACUGUUAAAGUUUGGGACUUUGCUAGGUGUCAAGAAGAGCGCUCAUUAUCUGCAGAGCCGUAUGAUUGUCAGACUGUAGUCAAUGUACAUGGGACUCUCUUUGGGUAUUGGGAACAGAAAAUACAUUUAGGGCAGUGUGUUGGAAUGUUCGUUGGGAUGCAUCUCCUAUAUGAAGACAAAACUGAUGUCCAGACUAGUUUCUGA